AUGCCGUUUGGACUGAAGCAUGCUGGAGCUACAUAUCAAAGAGCCAUGCUAAAGCUUAAUACAGCGAAAUGCACUUUUGGAGCUAGAUCAGGAAAGCUACUGGUCUUUGUAGUCAGUGAAAGGGGAAUUGAGAUUGACUCAGACAAAUUCAUUUUGCAAUUAACUGAGAAAUGCGAUCCCACAUUUCGUCUUCCUAAGAAGCACAACCUAGGAAAAUGGGAUGUUGAAUGCCAAAGAGCUUUUGAUAAGGUCAAAAAGUACUUGUCAAAUCCUCCAGUGCUAUCACCUCCAAGUUCAGAUAGGCCACUAAUACUAUAUUUAGCAGUGUUUGAUAACUCUAUGGGAUGUGCGCUUGGUCAGCACGAUGAAUCAGGAAGAAAAGAAAUGGCAAUAUAUUACCUCAGUAAGAAAUUCACGGAAUGUGAGUUGAGAUAUCCGUCAAUUGAAAAAUUGUGUUGCACCCUGAUCUGGACAGCUCGAAGGUUGAGGCAAUACAUGUUGUACCACACGACCUGGUUAAACUCGAAGUUAGACCCCCUAAAAUAUAUGAUGGAGUCAAACGCCUUGAAUGAAAGGAUGGCUAGGUGGAAAAUUCUACUUUCAGAAUUUGACACAGUCUACGUGAGUCAAAAGCCCAUGAAAGGGAGCGCAAUAGCAGAAUUUCUGGCCAGUAAAGCCCUAGAAGAUUACGAGCCCUUGAAUUUUGAUUUUCCCAAUAAAGAAUUAAUGUAUGUUGCGGCUAUUGAAGAAGACAUUACAAACUGCCACCCUUGGAAAUUGAACUUUGAUGGAGCAUCAAAUACUGUGGCCAUAGAAUGCAAGAUCAAGGUGUUGGAAGUAUAUGAAGAUUCCGUGCUAGUGAUCUACCAGCUUAGAGGUGAAUGGAAGACAAGAGACUCCAAAAUGAUUAAUUAUCGGAGCAUAGUGCUGGGGUUAAUUGAUGAGUUUGGUGAUAUUACUUUCAAUUAUCUACCACGAAAAGAGAACCAGAUGGCGGAUGCUUUGGCUACUUUGGCUUCCAUGAUCAAUGUGAGCAAACAUGAAGCUGUAAAACCCAUUCAGAUGAGUAUUUUUGAAGCCCCAUCUUAUUGUUAUGACAUAGAGGAAGAGGAGAGAGAUGACCAUCCUUGGUAUCAAGAUAUAUUGCGAUACGUGAGAAAUCGGGAGUACCCUAAUCAGGCAACUGAGAAUGAUAAAAGGACGCUGAAAAGGCUAGCCUGUGAUUAUGCCUUAGAUGGGGAAAUACUAUAUAAAAGAAGAAAGGAUCAAGUUCUAUUGAGAUGUGUAGAUGCUGUGGAAGCCAAGAAAAUUUUGGAAGAAGUCCACGAAGGCGUUUGUGGAACACAUGCUAACGGCUUCACAAUGGUUAGACAAAUUAUGAGAUUUGGAUUUUAUUGGUCUACCAUAGAUGGAGACUGCAUUAAUUAUGCUAAGAAAUGUCACAAAUGUCAAGACUAUGGUGAUAAAAUUCAUGUACCUCCGUCGCAUUUGCAUGUUAUGACUUCCCUAUGGCCGUUUUCCAUGUGGGGCAUGGAUGUCAUAGGGUCAAUCUCACUAUAG